UAACAAUUUAGUAGCAAAUUAUCAAAACAUACAUACAUCGAUGUCCUACGUUCCAUUGUCGUAAUGCGUCAUCGUACAUAUCACGUUGAAUAAUACACAUACAACUUGUGAUAUACAACGCAUGAAUGUGAACGCUGUACUGGUGAAUGUUAAUUACAAGUUAUAUAACGAUAUUACAUUCCACGUUUUAAUUUGUUUAGGUUGUUCGAUAAAAUGAAUUUUUCUCUAUAUCACGCUGAACAUUGCUAUAAAACUAGCAAAUUAAAAUUGUCGAAGCAGGUGAUCGUCAUUGGUAUAUCUGGGGCAACCUGCAGUGGAAAAAGUACGUUAGCUAACAAGAUUCACAAUGAGUAUCCAACCUCUAUUAUGGUGCGUCAAGACGAUUAUUUUUUACCUCCCGAUGAUCCACGUCACGUUAAAAUAGAGGAAUUAAAUCACAUGAAUUGGGAGCUAAUAACGAGUCUGGAUAUGCAGAAGAUGUAUUCAGACGUUAUAAGAAUAUUCACAUCUCGUAGAGAAAAUGCGUCGGAUUCAAAGAUAUUAUUGAUAUUGGAUGGCUUUUUGCUUUUUAAACACAAGGCCAUCACGAAUUUGUGUAAUUGUAAAUAUUUUUUAACGUUGACAAAGGAACGAUGUUGGGAUCGAAGAAAAAAUCGCAUAUAUGAUCCACCCGAUGUACCAGGAUAUUUCGAUAAAGUAGUUUGGCCCGAAUACGUAAAGUACGAAAAUGAAGUUAGACAAAAUGAAGAAUUGUAUGAAACUGUAACUUUCAUCGAUGGAUCGAAAGAUCUGGAAGAAGUUUAUGAAAUAGUUUCCAAGGAUAUUGGUGAAUUGUUAUCUUAAAAUUGUAACUUAGUUUAAUUAUUUUUAUGAUUAAAUUUAAAUGAUAUAUAUUAUCGCA